UUGAAAAAAAAUAGAACGUGUGUAAACGGAAAUGGUGAAUUGUUGUGGACAGUACACGUUGUGGGGCGAGAGAGGAGAGAAAUGGGACAAAAUCAGACUCCGUCCUAAUGUUUUGCUCAGCGCUUCCGUGUGAGUUAGAAGGAGCCUGAAGAGAAUCGACGCUAAUGCAGACCUGCUAGCUGGGAGCUAGCAACCAGCAGAGGAAGCAGCCAUGGCUGAGGCUGGAGCCCAUCUCACAUCCACGGUUGUCAGUGAGCAGCCGUCAGUGUUUGAAGUCCUGGCACAGGAGUCUUUGAUGGAGGCGGUCAGACCGGCACUGAAACAUGCAGUCAAGGUUCUGGCAGAGUCCAACCCAUCCCGCUUUGGCUUCCUGUGGCGAAGCUUUGAUGAGCUCUACCUGCUGCUGGACCUCCUCCUUCAGAACCACUUCCUGUCUAACUGCAGUGCCUCCUUCUCUGAGAACUUCUACGGACUGAAAAGAGUUUCAGGCAGGCAGAGACUUCCUGUGCGCCUCGGGAUGACCAGGACAUCCCGCUGGUGGUCUCUUCUUCUUCUGUGCCUGCUGCCAUACCUGCAGGCCAAGCUAGAGGCCACAUUGGCACGGCAGAGGGAUGAGGAGGAUUUCUCCAUCCGGCUGGCGCAGACGAGGAGCCAGAGGCUGUACCGGGCGGCCGUAGCAGCAUAUCCGUACGUCAGCUCAGCCUGGCAGACCUGGAUCUUCUGUCAGCAGCUGCUGUUUGUCUUUGGAGUCUCCAGGACCCACAGUCCUCUCCUGUGGCUGGCUGGGGUCAGACUGGAACGACUUAACGCUCAAGAUAUCAGAGACAUGGAGCGGAAAGCCAGGACUCCCGGGAGACCAGCUGGUGGAAGCGUGAUGCAGAGAGCGUGGUGGAUGAUGUCACAAGCAGCGAGGGGCAUGGCUGUGUCUGUCUCCUCUUCCCUCUCUAUGGGUGUUUUCUUCCUGCAGUUCCUGGAGUGGUGGUACUCGUCAGAGAACCUCAGCACAGUGAAAGCUCUCACCUCCCUGCCUGCUCCUCCACCCCCGCUCCACCUGCAGCAGGAUCAAGACGGGCUGGGCUCAGAAAGCAGGAACUGUCCUCUGUGCAGGAAGCCCCACACCAAUGCCACCGUGCUGUCCACCUCGGGCUUCGUGUUUUGUUAUCGCUGCAUUUACACAUACGUGAAAAGUAACCACCGCUGCCCAGUCACCGGAUAUCCCACUGAACUGCAACACCUCAUCAAGAUCUACUCACCAGAGAGCUAAAGCAUCAAGCAGUCAAAGCAGACAAGAUUAACUGUGUGUGUGAGAGAGAGAGAGAGAGAGAUGAUAUACAGACACAAUAUGAAAAUUAUAUUUGAGGGAUAUUCACAGCUGUUUUCCUUUUUCUAUACAAUAAACUGUAAUAAU